CGGAGUCCCCGAAUCUACCUUCCCUUUCAGCACCAGGAGAAGGGACAGGGCCUUAGCGCUGGGGAUCUCCAGAGCCCCUGUCUCCCAGCUCUCCAUUCGGCAGCAACAGGGAGGACAAUCUCUGUCUUCACUCCAAGCUCAUGUCUUGACCCUUUUUCACUCGGCACUAGAGGGGAGGACAGCAAACCAUUUUCUGCUCUCGGGGUAUCCCCAGCCCCUGUUUCCAACCCCCACCCCCAAGUUCUUCUUUUCGUGCUGUCCUUCAGCACCAUCUGGGCAAGGACAGCUCCUUGGUGUCAGCCCCACCUUGAGUCCCUGUUUCUACCUUCUCCCGCCUCAGCACCUCCGGCGCGGACAGCUGCUCGCUGUCGCCUCCACCCCCGGUCCUGGCCCGACCCGGGCGGGCGCAGAUACUCCUCGUUCUCGGGGCUCCCGUGCCCUGCUCUCUCUGCUCCCUGCUCUCCCUGCCGCCUUCUUCUGGCGCAUGGAGACCCCAGGGGUCCAAGAAGGGGAGGAGGCAUCCAGCGAGCUGAGUCGCGUUCGCAGCCGCCAAGGCAUAGCCAGACCCCCGAAGCACUUGUGGCGUCAGCCCCGGCGCCCCAUCCGCAUCCAGCAGCGCUUCUACUCGGACCCGGACAAGUCCGCGGGCCGCAGUGAGCGGGACCGGAGCCCGCGGCCCGGGCUCGAGAAGUCGCUGCGCUCCUGGCCCACCUCCUUCUACAGGCGGUAGGUGGGCGGGGGCAGGGCACUCCCAAGGCGUGGGGGAGGGGCGCGCGGGGCCUGGCGGGAGUGGGGGAGGGUCCUUGCUUCUCCAGGGGCGGGGGUCUCUGCUGCUUGGCUUGAGGCCGGUUCUUUAGAGGAAAAAGCUGCUCUUUAUGUGGGUUGGAGCUGGAGGGUUUGCUUAUGGGUUUAUGACUGGCUGCGUUAAGGUGCAGUUGUAUCUGAGUGUGUGUCUGAGUCUGAGCAGUUGCACCCGUGUGUACUCCGACCUGUUGUGCGUGUCCAGAGCCAGCUGUGUCUGUGGCUGACCGGAUGCGUUUGGGUGUGCGUACAUCGCUGCGUACGUGCCUAUGUGUUUCCCCUUGUGGUGCCCAUGGGUGUGUGACUGAGGGUGAUCUCACUCUGACCCAGCUGGGUGUCCGAGGGUCCUCCAGAUCUUGGAAUGUCCUGGGACGUUUGUGGGGUUGGUGGUCACCGUGAGUAUCUGAGGGCACCUUGGGGAGUGUGUAUGAGAGGACCAGGGCUAUCCACAGCGCUGGGGAAAGGAGCUUCUCCAUGGUCUGUCUGGCCACCCCUCUCCACCCUGACCCCUGUGACCUGGGGAGGAGAAGAGCCUCUUGGGGAGACUGAACACAGCAUGCUUUUUCCACAUCAAAAGGGAUGGGGUGGAGAUGGGGGGGCGGUGGUAAAGGGGGAGGGCUG